UCAGGCGAAAGAGCUGCGAGCAGACAGAGGCUCUUUCUUAUAGAGUUUAGCCCAGGAAAAAGACUGAAACAGAGCGACUCGACUCCUCCUCUCUCUCUCACUCUCUCUUACACACACACAGGCUCCAGGUACAGCAGUGUGUGUGCUGUGCGUGACGUCCAUGCUGAACAGCAGAUUGUGUGGCUGAAACCAGGGUUAUGUGGUGCCCGCAGAGACGUCUGGACUGACCCUGAUCAGAGCUGAAAUGCCCCCAUUCCAUCACAUCUGCGAGAGUCAGCGCAGCAGAGACUAAAAUAGAGUUGGAUUCUCCAGAGGGUCUGAAGCUGAGAGGAAUCCACCCAGCAUAAACACGACCCACCAUCCUCAAUCCUCACCAGAUAUCAAUCGUCAGAAGUCCAAGAGAAACGGCUCACGAGCGAUGCUUUGUUGUCAAAGCCCAAAGGCAAGGCGUUUCAUGAGAUGAACGCUGUAGUUUGGGAUUAAAGCAAUAACCGUGUGCGCAUGAGGAUCCAUCAUAUAUAACAACCAACUUGUGUGAUAUUUCUUCAAGAUGGGACUUUCUGUGAUGUCAGGAAACAUUCAACAGGCCUGAAUUACACUUAAACCGGACACUUUCUUGAUCUUCAGAUAAUAAUCUAUGCUAAUUACUGCUGUAAUCGGAUCUACGGUGGCUUUACAUCUUAUAUCGCAUUGGAUUUGAUCUGGGACGAACUCCCGCUCAACCAUGAAGGAGGCGAUCCUGCAGUUUCUAAGUGAUGUAUGGAGCGUGGCUUCGGUCAAGCAUGAGCAGGGUGUCUACAACACGGUUUGUCUUGUUGUUCUUCUGACUCUGCCGUUGGUUGUGCUCUUCACGUCUGUGCUGGUCUGCUGUCACUGUUGUUGCUGUCGUAAUGCUGGUGGAUGCCGCUGUUGUGGACACAAAGGUGAGACCUCGGUCACAAAUGUGAAAUCCGAAAAGAAGAAGAAAAAGAAAAACGGCGGCCAGAACAGCGAGGACUUGUGGAUCUCCGUCAAAGCAGAUCCCAUGAGCAGUGACAGACUGGCACUCACUAUGGUGUAACGUGUUGAGCAGUUUUCUAUUUAUUUAUCCUUGUGGUACAAGUAAAGGUACAAAUGUGGGUUUACUGAAA